UACUAACUGUGCGCAACAUGGCUGCAGGAGUGGCAACAUGGCUGCCCUUUGCCCGGGCAGCAGCUGUGGGCUGGCUCCCACUGGCCAAGAAGCCCAUGCCCAAGCCUCCUGCUGACAAGAAACGCCGCAGCGAUGAGAUCUUGGUAGUCAACGUCAGUGGGAAACGCUUCCAGACUUGGAAGAACACCUUGGACCGUUAUCCGGAUACCCUGUUAGGCAGCUCGGAGAAGGAAUUCUUCUUUGACGAAGACAGCAAGGAGUACUUCUUUGACCGCGACCCAGAGAUGUUCCGCCAUAUCCUCAACUUCUACCGCACUGGCAGACUCCAUUACCCCCGCCAGGAGUGCAUACAGGCCUUCGAUGAAGAGUUGUCCUUCUACGGCAUCAUCCCAGAGCUCAUUGGCGACUGCUGCCUGGAGGAGUACCGCGACCGCAAGAAGGAGAAUGCUGAGCGCCUUGCUGAGGACGAAGAAGCAGAGAUGACCAACGAUACCGGCCUGCCACCGGACAGCACCUUCCGCCAGCAGCUCUGGAGAGCGUUCGAGAACCCCCACACCAGCACCAUGGCUUUGGUCUUCUAUUAUGUGACUGGGUUCUUCAUUGCCGUGUCAGUCAUUGCCAAUGUGGUGGAGACCAUCCCAUGCCGGCCCUCUCCUGGGAGGAAGAAGGACUUGCCCUGUGGAGAUCGGUUCCCCAAGGCUUUCUUCUGCAUGGACACAGCUUGUGUCCUCAUCUUCACCUUUGAGUAUCUCAUGCGCCUCUUUGCCGCCCCAAGCCGAUUCAAGUUCAUGAAGAGUGUGAUGAGCAUCAUCGAUGUGGUUGCUAUCAUGCCCUAUUACAUUGGGCUGGUGAUGCCAGAAAACGAGAAUGUCAGCGGGGCCUUCGUGACGCUGAGGGUCUUCCGCGUCUUCCGUAUCUUCAAGUUCUCGCGCCACUCGCAAGGGCUGAGGAUCCUGGGAUACACCCUCAAGAGCUGUGCCUCGGAGCUGGGCUUCCUGCUCUUUUCACUCACCAUGGCCAUCAUAAUCUUCGCCACUGUUAUGUUCUAUGCUGAGAAGGGCACUGCGUCCACCAACUUCACCAGCAUCCCUGCUGCCUUCUGGUACACCAUCGUCACCAUGACCACACUUGGCUACGGUGAUAUGGUCCCAAGCAAUGCAGGGAAGAUCUUCGGGUCCAUCUGCUCUCUGAGUGGGGUGCUGGUCAUCGCCCUCCCUGUACCUGUUAUUGUUUCCAACUUCAGCCGCAUCUACCACCAGAACCAGCGGGCAGAUAAGCGGCGAGCUCAACAGAAGGUUCGCCGCCGGAUCCGUCUCGCCAAGAGCGGCACCACCAACGCUUUCCUUCAGUACAAGCAGAACGGGGGCCUGAGAGACCCGUGCUCAUGUCUUGGUGUGCGUAACCGAUCAGCUUUUGAAAGCAAACCAUUCAAUUUGUUGCAUUGCCGGAGAACAACUACCAGUCACGAGUUUACGGAUGAGCACUCCUACAGCGAGUUUUGCCUGACGGAAACCCUGGGCUACCGCACCAGCCGCGCACCUCCUCUCUCCCAGCAAGGAAGCAAAGGGGGCCUAAGCACCUCGUGCUGCCCCCGCCGGACCCAGCGCCGCACCCACCCGCUAACCAACUCUACCAUGUCAGUGAGCCGCACCAGCGCUCAGGAGCGCGAUACGCUAAACAGUCAGAAAAGUGCUGCCCCCCAGAGCCGCUCCAACCUGAACGCCAAGACCCACGACAACUUGAAGCUGAACUGUGACGCCACAGACUUCACGGCGGCCAUCAUCUGCAUCCCCACCCCUCCUGCCAACACGCCGGACGAGAGCCAGCCCCCCUCUCCCGGAGGGCCUGGCGGACCCCUGCGCAACUCCACCCCCUACAUACUGCACGAGACUGUCAAGAUCUCCUCCUUGUAA